AGUGUCCCUACUCCCUUUUAAAGGGGAAAGGGAACCCAGUGUCUUCGUCCUCCCCUCCCCCCAGACUAGCUAUUCUGCACCGGCCCCUUCUUUCAUCCCCCAAACCCUUACCAGAAAGGACACACCUUCCCCGGGUGAUCUAGUCCCACAGAAAACUUUGAUCCACAUGGAAUCAGAUCCAGAGAGUUGCACAGGAACGCAGAUCCAAUCAGAUCACAUCAGGACACCCAUGGUAUCACUCAGUGUUUGCCAAGAAGCGGAGUAAGGAGAGGCCUGGACCCUGAGCUGGGGAGGCAGGCGGAGUGUCAAAGGGGACUCUGACAUGAGCCUCUGACACGGGCCACUAGGACAGAGAGGGUAUGUCUGCUGGGAUCCUGGGGUGAGGAGGGAGCGCUAAGAGUGGGAGGAUAUUCCAGACAGGUACCUGCCUGUCUACCUUCUCACCCUACCCCAGCCCGAGAGCUGGUUUUGUCUCUUCAUCCAGUUUCUGCCUGCUACUCUUGCCCUUCGUGUUUCUUUUAUCCUUUACCUCCAUUUCCACUGGAAAUGGCUGUUCUGCUCUUUCACCAGCACACACUCCAGGAGGGAGGGAGGAGUAAGCCACUUGACCUUAUGUAAACUGCCUAGGGGUAGGAACGUGUGUGUGUGUGUGUGUGUGUGUGUGUGUGUGUGUAAUCACACGCUGGGGUAGCCUUUGGCCAGAAGGAUUAAGAAGCCCCAGAAACAAAGGCAGGAGAGACCGGAGGGGGAGCUGGGAGAGAUGUCCAGGAGAGAGUCCUCAGGAACAGGCCCCAGAGGUAGACAAAGGGCUGAGCAGGGCAGGCAGAGGAGGCGGAGGAACUUGGGGAGGAGGUGGGGCUUGGCGGGCUGCAAGCAGAUGGAGAGGAUUUGCUUUGCUGAGCUGAACUCUUCAGCCUGUGAGCUUUGGAAGAACUUGAUGGGGGUGGGGAUCAGUUAGUUACCUUGUCACUUGCUCCCCUCUGCUUCAGACCUCUCCCCUACUGAGUCUUGGGGAAGGCCACCUGGUUUAGGUUCCAGCCCUUUGCUGGCCCUAGUGUCAGCACCCUGGGGACCGAAGUUCUUUCUCUAAGCGUGGCCACCCUCUAUGCACUCACACACACACACACCUCACUGCAGAGGGGGAGAAUCAGGCCUUGGGGGCCGGGAGGACUGUAAGUCAUUCCAGGUGGGCCAAAGAUGACCACUCUCUCCCUGCAGGACCUGAAGGAGAAGAAAGAAAAGGUGGAGGAGAAAGCAAGCCGGAAAGAGCGGAAGAAAGAAGUGGUGGAGGUGCGGAGGGCAUGCCACCAGCCUGACCCUGCUGCUUCUCCUGGCUCCCACAGGAGGAGGAGAACGGGGCUGAGGAGGAGGAGGAAGAAAUCGCGGAGGAUGGAGAGGAAGAGGAUGAAGGGGAGGAAGAAGACGAGGAAGAAGAAGAGGAGGAGGACGAAGGGCCUGCACUGAAGAGAGCUGCAGAGGAGGAGGAUGAAGCAGAUCCCAAGCGGCAGAAGACAGAAAAUGGGGCGUCGGCAUGAGCCCCCAUGCAAGUGGGCUGGGGGCCGGAGGCCCCUGGGUGGGAAUGGACAAGGACUGCCACUUCACCUGGCUCCCUGCUCUGGACCCCGAACCAGAGCUGCCACCCUCAUCUUCGUCCCCAGCCUUCUCAUUUCCGCCUCUCCAGACACUGCCCGCCCCCCUGUCCUCUGUUCUCACUCUGUCAUCAGCCCACCUCCUAAGCUCCAUCUGAGCUUCCCAGCCCAGUGUCCCCAAGCCCUCCUCUCCUCUCCCUUGACCUCUUCCCUGCCUCCCCCAGCCAACCCCUCCCUCCUCUGGUAGCCUCCUGACCCAACCUCUGCAUCCCUCAGCUCAUUCCUAUCCCAUCUCUCUCCUGCCUGACCUCCCCAGCUCCCCUCACACCCCCUCAGACAGCGCCAGGCCGGGGUGGGGGCAGUGGGGCCAGGGCUGGGGCUGAGCCCCACAGCUGCCCCUCUCUUUCCCCAUUUUUUGUAUAAUUUAAUAAAGAAAUGGUCGCGCUUCUGUUUUUAA